GCCAGAACCAGUGCUGUGGACAAAGGACGGUGGAGAACUACCAGAUCCAGAGAGAAUGGUUGUCAACGGGAGGGUCCUAAGCAUCAGUUUCCUAAACAAAACAGACAAUGGCACAUACCGAUGUGAAGCAAAAAAUCCUAUUGGCCGAAAUAGCACAGAAUAUGUCCUGAUAGUACAUGAUGUUUUCAACACUUUGCUUCCCACUACUGUCAUCCCCUCCCUUACCACUGCAACAGUCACAACCACUGUAGCCUUAACAGCCAGCACAACCACAUCGACAACAGGCAUCAGCACCAGAGAUCCAAACGCUUUGGCUGGACAGACCGGACCUGACCACGCUCUUAUAGGAGGAAUAGUGGCUGUAGUUGUCUUUGUAACACUAUGUUCUAUAAUUCUCCUUGGUCGAUACCUGGCAAGACAUAAAGGAACAUAUUUAACAAACGAAGCAAAAGGAGCUGAAGAUGCACCUGAUGCCGACACAGCCAUUAUCAAUGCAGAAGGCAGCCAAGUCAAUGCAGAGGAGAAAAAAGAGUAUUUCAUUUAGAUGCAGAGCUAAAAUCUUGGAGUUUUACUUAUCAGGCUGACUGCUGGAGAAAACUGGCUAUCAUUUCUCAGAAUUCAUUUCUGCCAUCUUCUGCUAUCUUUAUUAACUCACAUACCUGCUAUCAGUAGCCAGUUUAUGCCAACAAUCAGCUGUUGACAUCAUCAUUCUAUAAUUACAGUAUCAUGCGUAAAGCAGGACAUUUCUUAUUGCCUAAAAUUCAUAUCCACUGCUCUCUUAACAUACAGUGCUUGAAUAUACAGCCUUAACAAUGUUAAUCAUCAUCUUAACCCAAGUUUUCUACAUUUCUAAAUGUUAUGCAGCUUUCUUCUUUUUUGGUUUUCUUUUAUCAUGUCCCUACUAGUGUGUCAUAGAACAACAUUCAUAACAAGUACUAUUAGGUAAGGACCUAAUUUACUUACAUAAAAUGUUAAGUCUAAGAUUAGAGGUUUACAAAGAAUGUUUUAUACAUGUCUGUCUAUAAUUCAAAAAGCAACUUGUUUUUGAAACAUGCCCCAGGAAACACAAAAUGAAAUCUUUUUAGUAUAGUUUCUUGUAUGCUUGGAUUUGGUGGAAAAAAACUAUCACUCCACUCAAUUUUUUGUUUUGUUUUGCUUUGUUUUGUUAUGUUUUAAAUGGUACCUUGACAACAGUGCCAUGUUUCAGUUGUAAAAACAUGCUGAAUAACCAUACAGAUUCUGCAAAGUUAGAUAAUAGUGCUUCAUUUGAAACAAAUUUGUCCUGCCCUUUUACUGCUUUUUGGGAUCCCCAAAAAAGUUUUUGGGAACUUUCUGAGUAAUUUCUGUUUUUAUAAUUUAUUUGCUUCACAUGAACUCACCUGCCUACUCAAAUUUGAAGUGUUCAUGGGGCACAACUGCAAGGCAUUUUAGUAUCUGUAUAUAGUGCAUAUAAUAAAUUCAAUUAAACAUUAUUUGAUACAUAUUUAACUUUUUCGGCAGUAGCUAAGUCAGUCACAAGUAAGCAUUUUCUAAUGUCCAUUAUAUCCCUUUAGAUAUGACUCAAAUCAAUAUUCUGGGUAGAUAACAUGUAUUAGUAUUUUUUUGUCUGUAUGUCCUAGCACUGUUCAGCAGCAAACUUUUCUAGUUCUUGUUAAUUUUUGCUUUGUUAUACAAUGGAAGCACAAUGUUAUAUGGAAAGGUAGUUUUAAGCUAACAACCAGUGCACAGCCUCAGGUUUUAAAUUACAACCACAUUUGAUUACUAUCCUUAAAAAAUACUAUUGAGUUGCUAAAAUUCUCAAUUUUUAAUUUGGCAGUUCCAGAGCUGCUUCUCUAUGUUGGUUUGCCAAAAAAAAGAAAAAAAAAAAAAGAAAAAAAUAGAAGUGUUAAAACAAAAGAUAUAUGUUUGUGUAUACAGUAAAUGGACUAAUUCUUUAUAUUAAAUUCCUGUCUAUGCAUUUUGUGAGGUACAAACUUAUGUCACCGUGAAUGAUAGAGAAUUCCUGCCAUGCUUUUAGCUCCACAGUGAAAGUCUCUGUUUGGAUUAUUUCUGAAAUUUUUUGUGUAAUUGACAGCUGAAAUAUCACAUGCUCUUAAAUAUGACAACAAAACACUGUAAGCCCAUCGGCUUAUUUCCUCUUCCAAUGAAAUAAAAAGGUUGCCAUAACAGCUCUUGGAAAUGAUUCUACACUGGAGAACGCAAGUUAGUCUAGCCGGAGCUUGUCUUGCUCCUAAGUUUUGCACCUUUGACAAAAGAGUAUUUCUCUCUGGUUGCUGUACUUGUGAAGCCUAAAAGCAUGAUGGUCUGCCGUAAAGGACUUUCUCCUGGGAUUUUAUUUUUGUGUGGGGAAGGGAGAGUUUGGAAUAUGACAUCAUGUAGUAUGGUAAAAUGGAAGAUAAAGGUGCUGUGUCAGAUUAUUUAUCAGAAGAGUAUAAACCUUUUAAGGACAAUAUUAGAGUAUUUUAAUUGUUUUUGUUGAAACAUUUAUCUUGUUAAUUUCUAAGAAAAAAGGGUGACGUCAAUCAAAGCAGCACUUUUUUUCAAAAUAUACAGACAUAAAUAAUAUGAUGUGGUUGAGUGUUAACAUAAUAAAUCAUAUACAGUAUGACAUUUUAAAGAAA